GCCGGCGGCGACCGGCGAGCAAACAACCAGCUCCAGGUAGGAAAUCCUCGCCCGCUUCUCGCCCUUGAUUUUUCUUUGAUUCGUUGUGGAUUCUUGCCUCGCGAUUUGAUUUCCCCUCCGACGGAUGGGGUCCAAUCUGACUCCCGGAGCCUCGAUUUACUUAUCCAUCCGCCCCCAGGUUUCGCGGCCAGGAUGGUGGACGCGUGGUGGCCCGUCAUCGCGGCGGCCGUCCCGGCGAUCGUGGCCGGGCAGGCCUUCCGCGUCAAGCGGCGGCGCGACGAGGAGCAGCGCCUCAAGGCGGCGCGGGGCCGCGAGAAGAGCUCCGACGAGGUGUUCGUCUGCGAGCGCGUCUGCACCUCCAAGCGGAUGCUCAAGAAGGUGGGCGCCUUCUCCAAGGACCCCAUCCCGGACACCUGCGUCACCGUCUGCGGCGUCUCCGAGCUCGACGCCUGCGCCGACGCCUGCGCGCGCACCGUCUGCGUCAACCAGCACCAGGUGCCCAACUGGAACGACGUCUGCCUCAAGCGCUGCCAGAGCGAGUGCCUCAAGCUCUCAUCCACCAUCAUCUAGUAGUACCUUAUCCUGGGGAUGCACUGUUUCCUGCUUCAGUUUACUUGUUGCUUAGAGAACUUCAGACAUCUGUGUCUGUCGUUUAUAUGUCCGGAGGGGAGGAUUGGAGUUGAGUGAAAUGGCUUAUCCUGGUUGUUAUGCUCUGUUCAUUCCAUCGGUCCUUGCAAAUUUGAUAUAUCUGCUGUCGAGAUGAAUCAUGAUUGCUA